AUGCUCUCACCUAUGACCUCCCUCGCCUUCUUCAUCCGGUCCCGACCUCGCCCACCAUCGCCGUCUUGCAGCGAGGUUCGACAUACCCACCCACUUGCCCCUGCGCGCCUCGCCGUCCCUCACGCCUUCCAAAGCGUCUUCCUCCGCGGUUCUCCCGCCCUUGUCCGCCCGCGCCCAUCGAUCCCCGUCUAUCGCCACCCCGGCUCACCCGUACCCUCGAUUCCGCCCUCCUCGUUCCUGCUCCUCUAA